GCGUGGAGGCCGGGGAGGGGCCGGCUGGGGCGGGCGGCGCUGGUAGCUGUCCUGGGUGUUGAAGCUGCUGCUGCCGGAUCUAGGGAGCCGCCGGGAAGCGAAGCCAGCCCGGACGAGGCAGCAUGGACUGAGCGCCGGAGGGAGCGGACCGGACCGGACCGGGCAGCCGCCUGCGAUGGGCCAGGCAUGAUGGGGGCGCUCGGCUCCAUGCUCCCGCUGCUGCUGCUGCCAGUCUUCGCCGCCGCCCCGCACAGCCCGCUGCCGCGCGCCGGAGCCGCCGCCGAGGCCAGAUUCGGCUGCCUGUUUGAGGAUGACCUUUGCAAACCUUUUGAGAUCUGCAUAAAUGAUGGAGCAUUUGGGAGAUGUCAGCGGGUUCCGGUGAUAGAUGUAUAUAAAUACGAAAUUUCACCCCCCAUUCUUCAGCACCUAAGGAUCAUCUUAGAGAAGCUUUCACAUAGAGGUUUUACCUGGCAAGAUGAUUACAUGCAGCACGUUAUUGCCCUGGAACUCUCAAACAUUCAUAAAAUCCACCACUGGCGCCCUGAUUCAUUUAUAUCUGAUGGAUCUGACACACUAAGGACUUCAAAGCGGAAUGCUGCUGAUAAUGAAAGGAAUUAUGAGCUGGAAAAGGAUGUGGACUUGGCCAAGUCCCUUCAGCAAUAUCUGGCAUACCUAGGUAUUCUCUCGCAGUCUGCAGCUCCAAAUUUAUAUCCAAGGAUGAAGAAUGACAAAGCUUCUGUCAAGGAUAACAUCCAACCUGACCUCAUUAUAGACUACAUGAUGCAGAAGUCCAAAGGAAAAGCACCUGCUUUGACCCAUCAAAAGUAUGCUGAGAAUCCUGCAGUGAGGACCUUCAAUCAACCUCAGCUGGAGAACUUCCCGCCAGAGUCAAAUGCAGAACUCGACAGAAAUGCUCUGCUUUCUGCACUACAUGCCUAUGUCGCUCAAAAGAUGGCAGCACAGAACAACGAUAAAAGCUCCAUUGGCAGGACUAAAUGGUCUCACCUCUAUGCUAAUAGGUUCCGUUCAUCUCAGACUGGCCAUUUUGAUGGAACCUUUGCCAAAGAAGAGACAGAAGAUUUUAAAAUGAAGCAGCCAUUCCUGCGGAGACCUGGAGCUGUAGUGCUGGGGCCAAGUUCAGAGAUGCUGAGUUAUAAAUCUGCUUCUCCUCAGGGUGAUCUUAAAGAUCCUCUGAAUGCAGUGGAUGAAACAUUUAUUCAGGAUAUAUUGAAAGACCUGAAGAAACACAAGGUGAACGUGGAUAAUCUUAGCCCACUGGAGCUUGACGAGAUGGCUGAUAUUAUUGCUGACGCCAUUCAAGUUGUUGAUGUGGCAGAAGAAAAGCAAAAUGGAGCUGGAAAGUUUGAAGGAGAGAGAUCAAAAGCAGAAGUCAAGGAAGUGGAUGCACAAGGAGGAGCAGAUGAUGAGACUGGAUUAAUGGAUGCCAAUGUUAACAUACAAGAUAAUGGGGGACAUGAAGAAGAUGCCAGAGCUGAUAAAAAGGAGAACAAUUUGGGUGUAAAACUAAUGGACUUCUUGAAUGAGAAUGCAUUAACAGAAAAUCUGCCAGAUAAGCCUACUUCUGAAGAGUCCUUUAAGACUGAAACCAAGAAAUCAGAAGACUCAGAUUCUUCUUCCUCAGAAGAAGAAAUGAAGGUUGGUGUUGAAAAUGUAAAGAGUGAGACUUUCUCAAGGGAAGUGGCAGCUGAGAAGAAAACUGAAUCCGAACCUGACUCUAAGGAGCUGACUGAGAUCCACUACUGGAUUAAGAAUUCUUUGAUGCGGGAUGAAAGUGCCUAUGAAGAACCUCAAAAAAAGAUGGGAGAAGGCCUACAGCUAGAAGUGAAGUCUUCUGAGGAGAAGGAAUAUGGCUAUAUUGUGACAGAGAAAGACCCACUGAAUGAGGAAAAGGGUUUGGAGUUAAUAAAGGAUGUGGCAGAUCUCCUGAAGCUGCAGAUGAGUGACUUUGACGAUGUCAACAUACGGGGAUCAGCUGUGACCUUCAAAAUGCACUCAAAUGUCCAAAAUAUUACAACUGCAGAUGUUGCCAAAGCAGCAGAUGUCAACAAAUACAAGCUUGAAAAAGCUACUGGACUGAAGAUUCUGCAGACUGGCGUAGGGGAGAAAAGCAAACUGAAGCUUCUCCCUCACCGCGCCGCGGAAGACGAAGACUCCACCAAAUUCAUCAUCCUCACCCUUCUCUCCAUCGCCUGCAUUAUUGGGGUCCUCGUUGUUUCUGGGGUCCUCUACUGCCUCCGCCAUCAGUCUCAUCACAGGCUGAAAGAGAAGCUGUCCGCCUUGGGCACUGACACCAGCUCGGAUGCCACUGCUGCUUACCAGGAGCUGUGCCGUCAGCGCAUGGCUGUAAAAUCAUCUGAUCGACCAGAGCUCCUGCACACUUCUCGCGUAAACAGUGUCUCAUCACAGUUUAGUGAUGGGCCCAUUGCCAGCCCCUCUACUCGGAGCAGCACCUCAUCCUGGUGUGAAGAACCAGUUCAGUCUAACAUGGACAUCUCCACCGGUCACAUGAUCCUGUCCUACAUGGAAGACCAUCUGAAGAAUAAAAAUCGUCUGGAGAAAGAGUGGGAGGCCCUUUGUGCUUAUCAAGCUGAACCCAAUGCUAUGACCAUUGCCCAGAAGGAGGAGAACGUCCAGAAGAAUCGGUCUCAAAGUGUCGUAACGUAUGAUCAUUCCAGGAUAUGCUUGAAAGCUGAAAAUAGCCAUGACAAUUCAGACUACAUCAAUGCCAGCCCAAUUAUGGACCAUGAUCCCAGGAACCCUGCAUAUAUUGCUACUCAGGGCCCUCUUCCUGCUACUGUUGCUGACUUCUGGCAGAUGGUCUGGGAGAACGGCUGUGUGGUUAUUGUCAUGCUGACACCCCUUACUGAAAAUGGAGUCAAGCAGUGCUACCACUAUUGGCCAGAUGAAGGGUCAAACCUCUACCACAUCUACGAGGUAAAUCUGGUUUCUGAGCACAUCUGGUGUGAGGAUUUCCUAGUGAGGAGCUUCUACUUGAAAAACCUACAGACCAAUGAGACCCGAACCGUGACACAAUUCCAUUUCCUUAGCUGGCAUGAUCAGAAAGUUCCUGCUUCCACAAGGUCACUUCUGGAUUUUCGCAGAAAAGUAAACAAGUGCUACAGGGGUCGUUCUUGUCCAGUAAUUGUUCACUGCAGUGAUGGUGCAGGAAGAAGUGGAACCUACAUUCUAAUUGACAUGGUUCUCAAUAAAAUGGCCAAAGGUGCUAAAGAGAUUGAUAUUGCUGCUACCCUGGAGCACUUGAGGGACCAGAGACCAGGCAUGGUCCAGACAAAGGAGCAGUUUGAGUUUGCAUUGACAGCAGUUGCAGAGGAAGUGAAUGCAAUACUCAAGGCACUUCCACAAUGAGCGGUUCCAUCUCCUUGAGGUUCCCUGAGGAUCCAUCGCUCAUUUCCUUAUUCUCAGUCCCUGUGAAUGUUGUUGGAAACCGUGACCUGACCUUAACUGUGUAUCUUCUAUUGUAACCACAUAGUAAUAGGGUCCUUACAAACUUCUAUAGCCAGUAAAAGUUCAACAGUUAAAAUGUGUAUUCUGCUUCUGUUUUUUAAAAUUUUAAAAAAGAUAUCUUGAAGCCUCGGAUUAAAUGACAGAACAAUCCAUCUAAUUCCUUUCACACCCUCAGAGCCCUGAAUUUCACACUUUGAAAGCACACGUUCAUGUUCUUAAUAGCAAAUAUACAGUAUUGUGGGUAAUUAGUGCAGUCAAUAUAUUCUCAGAAAAUACAGUGUUCUGUUAUACUUUGUAACUUCUCAGAGGCUGAAUAAGAAGAGCAGGGGGCCUGAAAAGGACUGGGAUUGUUCUUACACAAUACCAAGCAAGAGCAUGAAACAAUGCUGUGUGUGUUAGUAAACACAGGUCUGGCCCCUUGCAUAAAGAGCCUGCGUCUUUUCAUGCUGGGCUUUGGCAAGCGAAUGUUUUCUUAACUGUUGUUUACUUUUCAGCUUUGUGCAAUGAAUGGGAGAAAAUCUGAGCUAUAAGUAAAUAGGCCUGCACAGUUGUCACAACUGCAGAGAACAAGUCGGUCACAUUAAUGGGAACCCAAUGUAUAAAGAGCACAACAACACUUAUUAUGUACCACUGGCCUAGCAGAAAAGGAAGUGGGAUACUCUAACCUCAAGAACUGAGUUAUAGGCCCCAUAUAGCAGCUGGAUGAAUGGCCUGAGCUGUUAUGAAAGCAGAUUGUUGAUUUUUAUAGGAUUACUGGAGAGAAUGGGAGCUUCUUUAUAUUUUGGCAUUAUUUCCUCCUCCCCGCAAAACAGUGUGGUUACCAUUCUUUUUAGACCAGAAAGGAUAUUUCAGUAAACGCAUUCCAGGCAUUCCUGGCUGAAACAAAAGUUUUCAAUCUACAUUGUAUGAAUUGUCUCUAUGCAGACAUUGGUUACAUCUCUCUGCAAUAUUUCUGUUCUUUCCCCAUUCUAAAUUAUACAUAUCAUUUUAAUUCAUUAUUAUGGAAUGAAGAAAAGUAGGUAGAAUUUCUAAGGUUCUUGUGCUCUAAAUUCUUAUACCUACUGUUGCAAAGUGAUGCUAAAGUAUGUCUGGAAACGAUCCAGUGAUGUAACUUUGCUUAAACACACCCAGAUUUUUCAUUGUUUGUUUUUUGGGGGAAAUUAAAACUGCUGAUAGAAACGCUUUGAUUUAUUCGAAUGAGGGACUAUGGGUAACAUUUUCAAAAGUGAAGUGACUUAGGCUCCUAAGAGUAACUCGUUUUUGAAAAUGGGACUUAGGCCCCAUAGAUGCUUUUGAAAAUGUUACCUAACAUGGUUGUAGUUUCCAAGUUUAUAUUUUUUCAAAAUUACUUGAAAGUGUUGUAUGCUUUUAACUGUGCCAGGUUAACAAUUUGAUUUCAUAAUUGCAAAAUAUAUCAAUGGUUUUAAUUGUGGGGUCUUUUGUAAAUCUCUAUUCAAUGAAUUGUUUAAAAAAUAGCAUUGCAGUUUUGCUAAAAGAGAGGCGACAGGCACCUGUUGGAAUUAAAUAACAUGUUGCAAUUUUGUGUUGUAGGUAUGGAUGUUGGUGAUUUCUUCUUUUUGGUGAUUAAAGAGUUAUUUCAAAAA